AUGCCUUCCAUGCAGGAAGAGAAAGCUUCGCAUCUUGCGCUAAAUGGCCACAAGUGUGACUUGAAGCAGGAUUCCUGUGGCCAAUGUAUCAGAGCUGGGCUGAAAUGUUCCGGCUACCGGAACCCCGAUGAGCUGAGAAUCCGGGAUGAAACCAAUCUCGUCAAAGAGAAGGCGCUAGUAUCCAAGGCUGAGACCAUUGCAAGGUUUGGGGACAUCUCAAUAGAAGAGAAGUCUCGAGGUGCCUUUUUCUCUCAUUAUGUUCAUGGCAUUGCCAAAACCUACGAUGUGAUCGAGAUCCUACACAAAACAGCCCCACUCGACACCCACCUGGAUAUAAGUAUUACAGCUGUAAGCCUGGCCUUUUUCCACUUCCGAUUCUUCUCUCCUACCGCGUCAAAUCUUGCGGGGAAGACGUAUCUUUCGGCACUAAAGCUAGUCAACACUGCUCUUCAGAACCCAACCACGCUUCCCAGUGACUCCACACUUUUAGCCGUGCUCCUUUUGGACCUUUUCGAGAAGAUUACGAACAACAAUCCGAUCUCAUCAGUGUCGUGGAUAAGCCAUGUCAAUGGGGCUCUGGCUCUCAUCAAGCUUCGUGAUUCCAUUCAAUUUCAGAGGUAUAUUGGACGUCGACUCUCGUUCCGGCUCACCACCUGUCUGGUAAUCAGCUGUGUCGCGGCGAAUGCACGGGUGCCUCGGGCCUUGAAGAAUCUUCGCGCAGAAAUCGAAAAUAUCUUACAUGCUGAAGAUCCUAAAUGGAACCUCACAGACUGGAUCAUCAAGACAACGGAUUUUCGUGGCGCAAUACGCAAUGGAUCACUCUCCGAUGUGGACAUUGUCUUACAAGCCAAGCAACUGGACAACGGGCUCUCAUCACUGUCAGCUACUAUGCCUACAGCUUGGCUCAGCCAGAGAAAAUACAUACAACAGCCAUGUAAGAAGGUAUUUGGGCAAUUCUACGACCAAUAUCCUGAUUACCACGUCACGCAGACACAUAACGUCAUCCGCCUCACAAGAAUUAUGCUGAAUGACACGAUCCGAACUACUUACAAAGAAGAUUCCUUUGAUUGGAAUACUACCGCUGUUGAGCCUAUUUCAUUGAGUUUUAUCAACUCCAUCAUAGAUGACCUCGCUAAAGAGAUAUGCUCAUCUGGACCACAAUUCAUAGGCUUUGAGGACUCACCGACUCCGCGAGAGGCUGUCCCACCUUCGCAUCAAUUCUUCUGUUAUACGCUCCUCUUUCCAUUCUACGUUGCAGCUUUGUAUGCAAGCCCUGGUAGCAUGAUCAAGAACUGGGUGACAAGUCAAAUGUACUACAUGUCUUGUGAGCUUGGUAUUAGAAAUGCAGGCACAGUUGCACACAUUCUUGAAAAAGGAGACCGAAUGGAUCCAUGGUCCGUAUACGCCAUUCUCGGCAGCUACGCAUUCGCAGCCUGA